GUUCCUCGCUCCUCCUUGCACAAAAUAAAAUGCAUUUGGAGGCAGCGACCGCCGGCAAUCAGCUGGCAUGCGGCGGCGCCAUGGCCGCGCUUGCCCUCCUGCUCUGCUCCUUCAUCUACACCGCCUGGCUCUCGCCGGCGGCCACCAGGCGCCGCCUCCGCCAGGCCGGCUUCGACGGGCCCAGGCCCUCCUUCCCUUUGGGAAACCUGCGCGAGAUCACGGCCACGCUGGCAGCCACCGACGGCAAGAGCACCAGCAGCGUGCUGGUGCUGCGCUCCUCCAACAUCCACGCCGCCGUGUUCCCCUACUUCGCGCGCUGGCGCCAGGCCUUCGGCAAGGUCUUCGUCUACUGGCUGGGCACAGAGCCCUUCCUGUACGUGGCUGACCCGGAGUUCCUCAAGACCGCCACCGCCGGCGCGCUCGGCAGGCGCUGGGGGAAGGCGGAAGUCUUCCGCCGCGACCGGAUGCCCUUGUUCGGCUUGGGGCUCGUCAUGGCCGACGGCGAAGAGUGGGCACGCCACCGGAACAUCAUCGCGCCGGCAUUCUCUGCAACAAACCUCAGCGAUAUGGUCGGGCUGAUGCAGGAGACCACCGCCAAGAUGCUCGCGCGGUGGAGCGACGCGGUGGCGGCCGGCCAGAGCGUCGUCGACGUGGAGAAGGACGUGGUCCGGAACGCGGCCGAGAUCAUAGCCAAGGCCAGCUUCGGCGUCUCCGACGACGACGAGGCCGGAGCGGCGGUGUUCCGCAAGCUGCAGGCCUUGCAGGCGACGCUGUUCCAGUCCAACCGCCUGGUGGGCGUGCCGCUGGCGCGGCUGCUGCACGCGCGCAAGACGUACGUGGCGCGCAUUCUCGGGCGGGAGAUCGACGCGCUGCUCAUGGCGAUCAUCGACGCGCGCCGGCGGCAGCAGGGGGCUGGCAGAAGCAGGAAGGACCUGCUGUCGCUGCUGCUGACCGGGGCCGGCGCCGGCGACGUGAGCGAGUCGAGCGCCGGCGCGGAGGAGCGGCGGCUGACAACGCGGGAGCUGGUGGACGAGUGCAAGACCUUCUUCUUCGGCGGGCACGAGACGACGGGGCUGGCUCUGUCGUGGACGCUGCUGAUGCUGGCGGCGCACCCGGAGUGGCAGGCGGCGCUGCGGGAGGAGGUGGCGCGGGAGGUGGACGACGAGCGGGCGCUGGACGCCGCUGCUCUCGGGCGGCUGACGAAGAUGGGCUGGGUGAUGAGCGAGGUGCUGCGGCUGUACCCGCCGGCGCCCAACAUGCAGCGGCAGGCGCUGGAGGACGUCGUCGUGGCGGCGGCGGCGGAGGACAAGCCGCUGGGCGGCGGCGCCGUCGUUAUCCCGCGGGGCACCAACAUGUGGGUGGACGUGGUGGCGAUGCACCGUGACGCGGCGCUGUGGGGCGACGACGCACACGAGUUCCGGCCCGAGCGGUUCGCGCGGGACCCCGUGCAAGGCGGGUGCCGGCACCGCAUGGGGUUCCUGCCCUUCGGCUUCGGCGGGCGCAUCUGCGUGGGCCGCAACUUCACGGCCAUGGAGUACAGGGUGGUGCUGGCCAUGCUGCUGCGCCGCUUCCAGGUGUCGCUGGCGCCCGAGUACCGGCACGCGCCCAGGUUCAUGCUCUCGCUCAGGCCCUCUGCCGGCAUCCAGCUCCGCCUCACGCCGCUCUAGCCUAAAUGUGUGCUCCAUCGCUCCAUGAAAUUAGAUGCCUUUGAUGGACCUUGAGCCUAUAUCCCGUUUUUCUUACUUAUCGUUGUAUUGCAAAGUUAUUACCUUAAAAUGUAAGGUGAUAAUACAUUACCUUGAUCUAAAUUUUCGUCUGACCGGUUGCAUCAAGGUGAUAAACCUAUCAAGACUGCAUGCAAAUAAAUAUGAGACUAUAUGAUGGUGU